UCAGCCAAUAGGAAGACGGGAAGCUUUGACAGGCAGUUCGAUCAGCCAAUGAGCGCCGCCGGUGUCUAGAAAGCCAGAGGCCGGAGACAGCGGGCGCAGCAGUCGGCAGUGAAGGGCAUUGGGCACAUUGCUGCAGUUACAGACCGGUGAGUAGCCAUGGGAGGACACGACUCAGGGGCACAGCACCACUUCACUGGCAUCAAGAAGUACUUCAACUCUUAUACCAUGGUCGGCAGGAGGAAUUGUGUACUGGCCACAUACGCAAGCAUUGCAGCGAUUGUCCUUUUCUUUAAGUUAAAACCCAAGAAACAAGCGGCAGUCACAGAUAAAUAAUGGUUCCUGGACAGAGAGGCUGCAGGACCAUCUCCCCUCCCAUGGACUCGCUCACAUCUUGACAUUAAAAACCAGAUAGCUUGUAUUUGUAUUGUCUUUAUUUGCAAGAUAAAAAGGUCUGUACAAAAUGCGGCGGCGGCGCCAUCCUGCCCAGGCGGCCAUGUUCCACUUCACCAGUUUGUUGGUCUGAGUAAAUAAAUGUUUCACAAGUCC